UACUCCACCUAUAAAUCGUGGAUUAUUUUUUUAGGGCAGACAGCUCUGAAUUUUCCAAAAGCGGCUACAAAGAAAAGCAAUGAUCAACAAAAACAAGGAAAUAACCGCAAACAUACAUCCCUCUGUAGUUUGAAAAGAAACUAUCGGUGCUAGUUAAAAAAUGAGCUCUUAUGUUGACAGUUGCAAUCUCAGGAAAACAAGCGAGACAACUUCUCCUAACACUAUGUUUAGUUUCGAUCUUUCUGGGCGCACGUCCAACCGCUAUGAGGGUGUUAAUGUGAACGGGAUAUUCACUUGUCCCGUCCCCACGACCUCUGUUGAACGGGAGGAGAUGAAAACUAGCCUGCGUGGCAACACGGAUACUCCUCUCCUGUCAGGACCACAGAUAACCAUGGUCUCCAGUAGCUCGUCCGUGGACGGCAGUGGGCUCAGCUACGGCAGCAGCACGUUGCUGGGACGAGGCGCAGACAGAGACCCGGAGAGGAGCGCAAAAUCCGGCGGCAACAUGAGCCAAGAGAGCGAGAGAAACGCGGAGAACACGCAAACGGUGAAACGACACACAAAUGUGAGCCAGCGUCAGGACAGUGAGCAGCGGCCACAGAUUUAUCCAUGGAUGACAAAACUGCACAUGAGCCACGAAUCGGAGGGUAAGCGGUCCAGGACCAGUUACACCCGCUACCAGACUCUGGAGCUGGAGAAAGAGUUUCACUUCAACCGCUACCUGAGCCGCCGCAGGCGCGUAGAGAUCGCCCACACCCUGUGUCUAAACGAGAGGCAGAUCAAAAUCUGGUUCCAGAACAGAAGAAUGAAGUGGAAGAAGGACUCAAAGAUCAAAGUGAAGGAAUAAAAAAGAAUGCAGCAGAGAGAGAGAGAGCGGGCUGUGCAUGCAGCACGUUUUCAGCCCCUCAGUGCACAGUGCUGGAGUGCCGCCUGACCUCCGGAUGAACUGCUAGGAGCAAUGACAUCAUGACACCGCUCUGUGUGCUUCAUCACCAAUUAUGUGUCACUUGCUGCAGUUUGGGACCUAAUGUAUUGAAUAUCAGUCACUUUGAUCAAUCGGUUUACAUUUCUAAAUUAAUUUGCUGCCCAUGCGAUGAUAACCUCACUUUGCUGCACGAAGGGGACAAGAGGUUGAGGGGAGCCGGGUCCUUCACGCUGCAAGGUUUUUUGCUCUGCAGUGCACUGAAAGGCUGCACAAUGCUACUAAUAAGCUAUGUUUUAAUUAGUAUAAGAGGAGUGGAGUGGAUGCUGGUCUGCAUCAUUUCUAACUCUAUAUCAUCAUCCAAACUUUAAGGUCAGCGAAGCAAAAUGCAGCCAAACAUAUUUCUCCUCCUGUAAACAACAGUCAGAAGUGAAAACUAACCCCCACCUCCUUCCUUUUCUUUUAAACUGAUCUAUUGCAGUGGUUGAAUGUGUGAUGUGUUCAGUGAGCUAAUAUCUCUGUGAGUGGCAUCAUUCCUGUUGUCUGUCAUUUCUCUGAAUCUAAAUCAUGAUGUAUAAUUCAGCGACUGUAUGUGAUGAUAUUGUGAUGUGCAAUGAAGCCAUUUCUCCUCUGUAAGGCUGCUGGUUUACACUAGGCCUACAAUAACUGAUAGGUGGCUUAAUUGUCGAUUGUAACCAAUAAAGUCUCAUCAUUAAAUGUAAGGAAUUUUCCUUUGGUCAGUAUGGACGUUUCUGUCAUUAUUUUCCUUUUGGAAGCGAAAACUAACAGCUGAAUAUUUGUUGUGGUAUAAAUACACCGGUUUAGA